GAGAACAGAGUGGGCGGAUAACAGGUGGUUUGAAGGGGCGUGGUUUUAGGAUGUUGAAGGAUGGCAUCAAGCGAAAGGCAGGCAGCUCGUGCGAUUGCUCAUCAGUUUGUACUUCCAUGCAAGUUCUUCUGCGACUUGCUUUGAAGAUCAUGUUGACGUAGACCAAGGGACUAGCAAUUGUGCCAUCGCAAGUGUUUGCCUUCAAACUGUUGCGUUUGAAUUACUGUAAACGCACGAAAAACAGCUGUUUUUUGUUGCUGUGGUCUGGUCAUGUUCGAGGACCGCCUUUUGGUCGUUCGCUGAUCCUGCAGCGUUACAGCAGUCAAGAGACACCAUGGCGCCUUUCGGGGCGUUUCGCCCUUUGGUUUUCCUUGCAGGUCUGGUCUCUUGCUUGGCGCAAGAUGAGACCUGCGACGCCGCCACGGGCAAGUGCAGCUCCGGCCCCGGCGAGCCACACGGAGGAGCCUUGGUGGAUUUGAUGGUGGCGGACGCCACGUCCGCCUCCGCAGCCACGGCCACGCUGGAGCUCUCGCAGCGCCAGGCUUGUGAUGUGUCCCUGCUGAUCAACGGAGGAUUCUCUCCUUUGAAGGGUUUCAUGAAGCAAGCAGACUACGACUCAGUGGUGUCGAACAUGCGAUUGGCCUCCGGACAUUUGUUCGGGCUGCCAGUGGUCCUGGACGUCAGCGAUGAGUCGUUGAAAGGCAAGAAGGUGCUGCUGACCUACAAGGGAAGCAAGCUCGCAGUCUUAGAGGCUGAGGAAGUGUGGAAACCUGACAAGGUGAAGGAAGCCAAGGCUAGCUAUGGCACCACCUCCACCGAGCACCCCUCAGUGGCCGAGCUUUUUGCGGACUUGGGAAAGUUUUACGUGGGAGGUCAGUUGCAUGGCCUCAUGAAAGGCUUCGAUGUGGUUUGGGGCAAGGGCUUCAACACGCCUGCGCAGGUGCGCGCUGCAUUGCCUGCAGGGAAGCAAGUGGUAGCCUUCCAAAACCGAAAUCCGGUGCACAAAGCUCAUUUCGAGCUCUUGGUUCAUGCCAACAAGGAUGUACAGAACUCCAUCAUUUUGGUCCAUCCCACCUGCGGCCCCACGCAGCCGGGUGACAUUGAUGGGCCCACCAGAAUCAAGACCUACGAAGUCCUCCAAGAAGAGCCAGAAUACAAGAAAUGGGCUGGAGAGAACUUCCGCUGGUCCUACUUGCCAUAUUCCAUGAAGAUGGCUGGCCCACGCGAAGCGAUUCAGCAUAUGAUCAUCCGGAAGAACUUUGGAGCCACACACUUCAUCAUAGGUCGGGAUAUGGCUGGAACGAAGAGUACCUUGACCAGCGAGGACUUUUAUGGGGCCUAUGAGGCUCAGGAGAUGGGCAAGAAGCACUCGCAGGAAUUGAACGUGAAGGUCGUGGACUAUCCCAACAUGGUUUAUGUGGGCAUGGAGCAUGGCAAUGAGCGAGGAUACAUUGCAGAUGUGGAUGCCAAGGCCAAGGGGCUCAAGAUCAACAAGCUCUCAGGGACAGAGUUUCGCAAGCGCUUGCGAAGCGGCGAAGACAUCCCGGAGUGGUUCGCCUUCCCCAAAGUGGUGAAGGUCCUGCGUGACGGAGGCGACAAGAUUUUCCUGUGAGAGGAGCUAGGCAGCUGGGAGACGUAGCAGCUGGGCCUACGAAGCGGCCCGAUCUCUGCAUUUCAUGGACUCCCUAUGAGCUCCAACGAAGAGCAGAGCCAGCAGGCUCAGUGGGCACCAACAGGAUGCUUUCCUGCCAGCAAUCCGUUGCAGAACUUAAAAGAGGCAAAGAA